AUGAGUAAAUGUUGUUCUAAUCUGAGGGUGGUUUUAGCUUUCAACCUGGGAGUAGGAGUGGAGCAGUCAUGUGAGACUGUCCCCGGGAGGCCCCUUCUGAGGGACUGCAGUGUGAGGCUGGAGCAUCUCGUUGUGGACACACUGCACACUACUCGGAGCACAGACCGGGCCGGCCGGAGACAAGGUCGUGAAGCUGCUGUAGAGAGCGGAUACAGGAACACCAUCGUUGGGAAUGUUAGAAACUAUCACGGGCAAACUCCUCGGAUGAAACCAAGUGAAAUAUACCAAUGUACCCACUGUGAAUAUACAACAGCUACACAAAUAUGGUUUGCCAGGCAUUUGAGAAAACAUACUAAUGAGAAACCAUACAAGUGUGAACACUGUAGUUAUGCAUGUGCCCAAAAAGGACUUUUGCAAGUUCAUAUAAGAAAACACACUGGCGACAAGCCUUACAAAUGUGCCCAGUGUAGUUAUGCUAGCAGCCAGAAAGGUCCUUUAAAAGUUCAUCUAAGAACACACACUGGCGACAAGCCUUACAAAUGCGGACACUGUAGUUAUACUAGCAGCGAUAGAAGUAAUUUGAAACGUCAUAUAAGAAAACACACUGGCGACAAGCCUUACAAAUGCGAGCACUGUAGUUAUACUAGCAGCAAUAGAAGUAAUUUGAAGGUUCAUGUAAGAGAACACACUGGUGAAAAACCUUACAAAUGCAAGCAGUGUAGUUAUGCAAGUGCAAAUAUUAGAAUAUUGAAUGUUCAUGUAAGAACACACACUGGCGAUAAGCCUUACAAAUGCCACCAGUGUAGUUAUGCUAGCAGACAUAAAAAGUGUUUGAAGGCUCAUCUAGAAAGUCACACUGGUGAAAAACCUUACAAAUGCAAGCAGUGUAGUUAUGCAUGUGCAAAAAAAGAAAUAUUGAAUGUUCAUGUAAGAAUACACACUGGCGACAAGCCUCACAAAUGCCACCAGUGUAGUUAUGCUAGCCGCACUAAAGGUAAUUUGCAAGUUCAUCUAAGAAAACACACUGGUGAAAAACCUUACAAAUGUGAGCUAUGUAGUUAUGCUAGCAGCCAUAUAAGUCAUUUGAAGGCUCAUCUAAAAAUACACACUGGUGAAAAACCUUACAAAUGUGCCCAGUGUAGUUAUGCUAGCAUCCAGAAAGGUCCUUUGAAAGUUCAUCUAAGAACACACACUGGCGACAAGCCUUACAAAUGCGGACACUGUAGUUAUACUAGCAGCAAUAGAAGUAAUUUGAAACGUCAUAUAAGAAAACACACUGGCGACAAGCCUUACAAAUGCGAGCACUGUAGUUAUACUAGCAGCAAUAGAAGUAAUUUGAAGGUUCAUGUAUGUUCACACGGGUGAAAAACCUUACAAAUGCAAGCAGUGUAGUUAUGCAAGUGCAAAUAUUAGAAUACUGAAUGUUCAUGUAAGAACACACACUGGCGAUAAGCCUUACAAAUGCCACCAGUGUAGUUAUGCUAGCAGACAUAAAAAGUGUUUGAAGACUCAUCUAGAAAGUCACACUGGUGAAAAACCUUACAAAUACAAGCAGUAUAGUUAUACAUGUGCAAAACAAGAAAUAUUGAAUGUUCAU